CGCUCGGAGAUCGUUACGUCGCAGCGCUCCGUUGGCCUCGACGUGUCCGACUCUCAGGCCAGCGCCUUCGUAGCCCACCUCAGCCAGAUGUCCGUGAGCUUGGAUGGUGCCGCCCGCCUGACGCGCCAGGCUAAGCUGGGGCCCUGGUCCAGCAGCCAGAUGGCAAACAUCGCGGCCGCGGUCAACGCCGCCGCAGAACGCACCGACCCUUCGGGUGGCACGCGGCCGCCGCAGACAUGCGACUCCUUGGAGAAGUAUUUCACGCAGCAGCUUCACGAUUACUUCAAGGGCGAUGUCAUCGAUGUUGAUAUUGCUACCCGCAUGGUGGCCGUGCAGCUGUACAAACUGGGGCUGGUCUGCCCUUCGAACCAGGUGCUGAAGCGCGCGACGAGCAUCAUCCAGUUGGCUGGGCUCAAGGUGACGACCAUGGGCGCGGGCAGCCAGUCGAACAUCGGAAAGAAUAUCAGGAGCUACGUCAAGAGCUUGGACAAGGAUAAGAAGUUCCCGCUGGCACACAUCCUCGUGCAUCCAGUUGACCCGUCGGCGUUGCCCGCUGCCCACCUGCAGCAUGCUUACGGUGACAGUCAGCCCGCGCCGUUCGUGAUUGAGGGCCUGCCUUGCGCGACGGCGUCCUGCGCCUACCGCGAGCCCAAGAAAGGUGUGAAGGAGCAGGGCAGCGCAGUUGUCCCCUACGGCACUUCCACGGAGCAGAUGAUGGCAACGGCGGUGACUUCGGCGAUUGCCCCCCUCGCGCAGGUCAUGCAGCAGGCGAUGGGGACCAUCCCUGGGUUGCAGAUCUUCGGGGCCCCGAAGAAUGGUGCAGCGUCGCGCGCCCCAGGUGGACUGGCCGCGGCGGCGGCCGACCCGCUGGCUGCGCUGGCGCCUCGGGCGGGGACGCACGACCCAGUUGAGGACCUGGAGCAGGCCGUCAGAGAUGCAGCCGAGACGGCCAAGCUGCGCAAGCGCAGGACCACGGCUGAGGCAGCGGCCGACGGCGCGCCGAAAGCAAAGGCAAAAGCAAAGGCCAAGGGCAAGGGGGGGCUCAAAUCCAAGGUCACGAAGAAGGAGGGCAAGGCUAGAGUCGCCGACGUUCUCGCUGCCGCGGCUACGGCUCGCACGGGCGGCAAGGCCGCUGGCGCCGCCGCGCAGACUGGCGCCGCCAGGAAGAGGCCAGCUGCGGCCGUCGUCAAGCCCUGCGCCUCCGACUUCCGCUCCGAGGCCACGUGCAAGGCCACCUACCACAAGGGGAAGAACGACUGGACUUCGAGGGCGUACGGAAUCGCCAAGAGGCGGUGCUUGUCGAGUGGCAUGGGCGAGGACGAGGCGAAGGACGUCGCGAAGGAGGUCUACCACGUGGCGCUGAAGUCGUACGAGCGUGUAUUCGGGAAGUAG